GCUGAGCUGAGCCCUGUUGAUGUGAACAAGACCGUGACCUUCACCUGCCACGUGAAGGAGUUUUACCCAGCAAACGUGGCUGUUUCCUGGCUGGAGAACGGGAAGGAGAUAAAGGUGGAGAACGUCUCCCGGCUGUCAGAGCUCUCCCGGGGCUUGUUUGAGCUCAGAAGCCAGGUGGAGUUGCAAGCGACGGAGGAGAGAAACGGGUCCUUGGUCAUCUGCCGGGUGGUGCACGAUGGUCAGGCCCCUGUGUACGACUCAGCCAUCCUGUGGAUCUCCAACCCAGCCCAGGGGGAACUGAGCAAGGGCUUCCAGAUGGACAAGGGUGCAAACCUUCCAUCCAGCCUCAUCCUCCUGUGCCUUGGUAUCCUGCUGGAGAAGGGCCUCCUCGGYGGGCUCCUCUUCUUCCUCUUCAAGCUCAUGGACAAGAAAGCAUCAGAGAUGUUGCCCUGUCCCACUCCAUCUCAGUCCCUGGCUCCYCCAGUCGGGUCCCAGCGCUUGGCCACUGCCAGCAGUGUCAUGUGAACCUGGAAAUAAAYGAAACAGGAUGCAGAGGCUGCCGURGGCUG